AUGGAGGAAGAAAUGAAUCUGGAUGUUGAGAGCCGUGGCACAAAGCGACCGGCUCCGGACGCUGACGUCCCACAGAACCCAAAGAGAAUCAGGGCUCUUGACCCCGAUGUUGUGAACAAGAUUGCUGCUGGUGAGAUCAUUGUGGCACCUAUGCAUGCUCUGAAGGAAUUGAUAGAGAACUCUGUCGAUGCUGGCUCGACAUCUAUUGAAGUGCUGGUGAAAGAUGGCGGGCUGAAGCUUCUUCAGAUUACCGAUAAUGGCCAUGGGAUAGAUCGAGACGACCUCCCCAUUCUCUGUGAACGAUUCACGACAUCCAAACUGAAGGAAUUCGAAGACCUUUCAUCCAUAGGAACGUAUGGAUUUCGAGGUGAAGCUUUGGCGAGUAUUAGCCAUAUUGCACAUCUCACAGUCACUACGAAGACAGCCGGCUCGAGUUGCGCAUGGAGAGCACACUACAGCGAUGGAAAGCUUGUCGCACCGAAACCGGGACAGAGCGCUGUCCCCAAACCUACAGCCGGACGCGGCGGGACGCAGAUUACGGUCGAGGAUCUAUUUUAUAACGUCCCAACGAGGCGUCGCGCUUUCCGGUCAUCAAGCGAAGAGUAUGCCAAAAUUCUGGAUAUCAUCGGCCGCUACGCUGUGCACAGGUCCGGAGUGGCCUUCUCGUGCAGAAAACACGGCGAUUCAGGUGCCAGCAUUUCAACGCCAGCAACCGCAAGUACGGUCGACCGGAUCCGCCAGAUACACGGGAGCGCCGUGGCUAACGAGCUGGUGGGGUUCAAAACCGAGGACAAGAAACUGGGCUUUCAUUGCUUGGGCUUUGCCACGAACGCCAACUAUCAUGUUAAACGCACGACUAUCCUUCUCUUCAUUAACCAUCGCUCCGUUGAGUCAACUGCUAUUAAGAGAGCCGUUGAGCAGACAUAUUCUGCUUUUUUACCAAAAGGAGGUCAUCCUUUUGUCUACAUCGAUCUCGAAAUCGAGCCUCACCGAGUAGAUGUGAAUGUGCAUCCGACAAAGCGAGAAGUCAAUUUCUUGAACGAGGAUGAAAUCAUCGAAUGUAUCUGCGACGAGAUCAGGUCCAAACUCGCACAGGUCGAUUCGAGCCGAACAUUCAUGACCCAAACCCUACUUCCAGGGGCGAGGGCGGUAGAAUCUCUUGCUCGAGGAACUGAUAAUGAUGAUGAAGGUUUUCAUCCUAAAACCACCGCAACAACGAGGAAACCAUAUGAACACAAUCUUGUCCGUACGGACUCGAAAGUCCGCAAGAUAACCUCCAUGUUGUCGUCUGCGGCGCCUCACACGGACGCGGAGACGAGUACCGAGAACACCCUGGACGGCCUGCAAUAUGAAAUUACAGACCGCGAACCACUCCGCAUUGCCCUCACGUCGGUCAAGAACCUCCGUGCCUCUGUCCGCGCGUCGAUGCAUAACAGCCUAACCGAGACCUUCGCCUCGCUCACCUACGUCGGGCUGGUGGAUGAACGACGUCGAAUCGCAGCCAUCCAGUCCGGCGUCAAGCUAUACCUAGUCGACUACGGAAUGAUCUGCAAGGAAUUCUUCUACCAGAUCGGACUGACAGAUUUCGGGAACUUCGGAGUAAUCAAACUCGACCCGGCUCCGAACUUAAUCGAUCUACUUAAGAUCGCCUCGGACGCAGAACGCGAGGCACGCAGAACUAAACGAAAGCAGCAACAAAACCAAAAAGAUACUGAGAACGAAUCUCAACAAGAGCAAGAGCAAGCGGAAGAAGAAGAAGAAGAAGAAGAAGAAAUAUUCUCCAAAGCCCCAGAAACAAUAACUAAAACCCUUAUCGACCGCCGAGAAAUGCUAAACGAGUACUUCUCCCUCGACAUCUCAGCCGACGGCACCCUCCUCUCCAUCCCCCUCUUGUUGAAGGGUUACGUCCCCUCAUUAGCAAAACUGCCCCGGUUCCUCCUCCGCCUAGGCCCGUACGUCAACUGGGUUAGCGAGGAGGACUGUUUCCGGACUUUUCUUACGGAGCUUGCUUCGUUUUAUACCCCGGAGCAGUUACCUACUCCUGCUGCAAAGGAUUCUUCUAAGACCGGUAUGACAAGUGCGGGAAUGCAAGGUGAGAAUGGAGAUAGUGAUAAUGAUGAGAAAGAAUUCGAAUUUAUUACAGCCCGUUGCGCCCAAAUGGCUCGUAUGCUGGAAUAUGCCAUUUUUCCGGCUCUGAGGGCUAGGCUGGUCGCUACAACGGACCUCCUUCGCGGCGUGGUGGAGGUGGCAGAUUUGAAAGGUCUAUAUCGGGUAUUCGAGCGGUGUUGA